GUUUCCUGAUCCCUGGCUUUUGGGGUGGUUCAUCUUCCGUGUCGUAACGUUUCGACACGGAACGUUACGGUGGUGUGCGUGUUUUGUGGUUAUUAUGCUGCGACUGGAAGCAUCCCACCGGCUUGAACGGUACCGACCGUCCCGAAGCGGAUGCAAACGUUCGCUGCAUGGAGUCAGUCUGUUUGAAAACUCGGUCGGGAUCGGACGUUCUUUCGGUCGGGUGCCGUUUUGCGUGAACAGCUAUCGUGGCUAUCCGCUGCAGCACACAGUACAGAAACAAUUUCCCUAAAAACCAAAACCACGGCGUGUGUUUCCAAAAACGGGUUGGAACAGGAGGAUCUUUUUUGCAAGCUACAGCAAUCCCGUACAAACGUUGCAGGUGUGCGUUUUCUUUCCGUUUUGCCUCGGUACAUGGGCGAGACUUUCUUGGCAGCGAAGGAAAAGCGCUUUGUUCGUGAGUUUUCGUGCGGUGUUGCAUGGGGUACGAUGCAGGUGGAGUGUUUUGCUGCCCGCGCUAGAGGGGAGUUGCAGAAGUAAAAGACACUUCGAAACGAUGGUGAAAACAUUCCCUUAAACCGAUUCCUUAUGUUUAAUGGUUUGCCUUCCAGCGCGUGUGUGAAAGCACACACAUCGAAGUGAAUUUCAUUAGACAGCCCGUUUUGGUGAGCGUAAUUUUGAGUGAAGUGUGUGUGACGGCGAGUGUGCGUUUAUUUUUUCUUCUUUUAUGGUGCGUUCGGUAGGCAGUUGUUGUGGCAAAGCAUAACGUUUGCGAUGCAGCGGGCAUGAGUCGAGCAACUUGAGCCAUCGAACAGACAGAGUCUAAAUUGAGUGAGCUGCUAGUGUAUGAGUAUUUCGGAGAAAAUCAAGCAUCCCCCGAAGAAAGUUAUGAAGUCUUGCGUGGAACACACCUCGUCAUUGGGUACCACCGUAAGGAUGCUUUAAGGAUGGCGGUGUGGUACGAAAAAUACAAUCGAUGAAAGUGGACGGAAAGGAAAAUUUAAAAGCGACUUAUGAAAACCCAAUAAAUGUGUUACCUUAAAUGUGUUUGAGGGCUGCAAAGCAUAUGGUAAACAAAGUAUCUUAAUUGCAUCUCACAUAACAGCUGCCAUUUUGAAGGAUUAAAGCUAGUUCCGUUUAAUGCAAACGGUUUUCUCACUGGAAUGAUUAACUAUCUUCCAUUUUGCUUCAGUUUCGAUGCACAGUCGCUAUCGUAUGAUUGAACCUACACAACAAACAAAUGUUCGAGUGAGUGUUACAAUUCAAAGUGAAGUUCCAAACCGAAAAACCGGAUACCCUUACACAGUAAAGGUUUUUUAGUUUGUAGCGCCCAACGUACACCAUGACCGGACGCGUUACGGCUGUGGUAUCGCGUUAGUACGGUAUUUAAUUUUCAAAACCAUCGAAACCAUAUUGAUCGCGGUACGGUAAGAGUGGCAAAAAAAGUGGUAGCGGCCUUUAUCCGUGGCAUAUAAAGUGAGUUUCGAAGUGUGUUCGCAGUGUAUACUGCACAGUGUGUACCGAGUGUAUGUUCGUCCCAGGGUAGUAAAGAGUCGACAUUUUAGAGGUCGACGUAAAGCAAAAGGCAAAUACAAAGCAAAGCAAAACAAGUAAGAAAGGAAGGAAGCUGGUUGAGUGUGGGCGGCGUUGAAGUGGCGCUGUUAGUGUGGUACGGGAUGGUUGGAAAUCCGAGAAACAUUACCACAAUGUUACCAACAUCAUCAUACUCAUCCUUAGCAGCAUCGGUGCCGGUGGCCGGGCCGGGCUUACCGUGCACGGGAGCACCGACCAGACCGAGAAUGCUGCUGGUCAUGGUGCCUACAGCCGUGCUGUUGCUACUGUUUCUUCCGGGCGUAGUGCUGGGAGAUUAUGAAAAUACAUGGAACUCGUACUACGAGCAACCGUGCUGCGGUGGCACCACCAAUGGACCCUUCCAUCUGCGCCACCACGGAGAUCACGUACGGGAGUUCCAGUGCGGCAAAUUCUACUACCGAACAUUCUACAUGGAUGAGGACCGGGACACGCUGUACGUCGGUGCCAUGAACCGAGUGUACAAGCUUAAUCUGAAAAAUAUUAGCAUGACAUCGUGUGAGAAAGACUCCAUGCUACUCGAUCCAACCGGAGCCGACAUCCGGAACUGUGUGUCUCGUGGCAAAAGUGAGAUGUUUGAUUGCAAAAAUCACAUUCGAGUCAUACAGCCAAUGGACAAUGGAACGAGGCUCUACAUUUGUGGCACGAACGCUCACAGCCCAAAGGAUGUUGUAAUAUUCCGAAACUUAACUCACUUGCCACGGUCAGAGUAUGUACCCGGGGUCGGUCUCGGCGUUGCCAAGUGUCCCUACGAUCCCAUCGACAACUCGACCGCCAUCUACGUGCACGAGGGCAAUCCCGGCGGCCUACCGGCACUGUACUCCGGUACGAAUGCGGAGUUCACCAAGGCGGAUACGGUAAUAUUCCGGGCGGAUCUGUACGAGAUGUCCUCCGGGAAGAAGAUGUACAACUUCAAGCGUACGCUCAAGUACGACUCCAAGUGGCUGGAUAAGCCCAACUUUGUCGGUUCGUUCGAUAUCGGUGAGUACGUGUACUUCUUUUUCCGUGAAAUAGCGGUCGAGUACAUCAACUGUGGAAAGGCGGUAUAUUCGCGCGUGGCACGCGUCUGUAAGAAGGACACCGGUGGCAAGAACAUCCUCAACCAAAACUGGGCUACCUACUUAAAGGCGCGGCUGAACUGCAGCAUUUCAGGCGAGUUCCCGUUUUACUUUAAUGAGAUCCAGGAUGUGUAUCAGAUGCCAUCGGAUAAGACCAAGUUCUAUGCCACCUUCACGACCAGCACGAAUGGGUUGGUGGGUUCAGCUGUGUGUAGUUUCAGCUUGGGAGAGAUCCAUUCUGCGUUCGCCGGUAAAUUCAAAGAGCAAGCAACAUCCAAUUCAGCCUGGCUACCGGUAAUGAGUUCCAAGAUACCUGAACCCCGACCAGGAACAUGUGUUGAAGAUACGACCACACUACCAGACGCUGUACUUAACUUCAUCCGAUCACACCCACUGAUGGAUCGUGCGAUCACCCAUGACUAUGGCAAUCCAGUAUUUUACAAACGUGAUCUCAUCCUCACGAAGCUGGUCGUUGAUAAGAUCAGUAUUGACAUCCUUAACCAAGAGUACCUAGUGUACUAUCUGGCGACGAAUGAGGGUCGUAUCUACAAGGUGGUACAGUACUUCCACGAUGGACAAUCACGGGCAAAGCUGUUGGACAUCUUCGAUGUGGCACCUAACGAACCGAUCCAGGUGAUGAGGCUUAGUCAGCGGUACAAGUCGCUGUACAUUGGCACCGACUCACGCAUCAAACAGAUUGAUCUGGUCAUGUGUAACCGGCGGUAUGAUAGCUGUUAUCGGUGUGUACAGGAUCCGUACUGUGGUUGGGAUCGUGACAGUGGUAGCUGUAGACCAUAUCAACUUGGAUUCCUUCAGGAUGUUGGCAACCGGACGUCGGACAUUUGUGACACAAACGUGAUGCGGAAGAAAAUCAUCGUCACCUUCGGACAGAGCGUACAUCUCGGGUGUUUCGCACGGGUACCGGAAAUUCUGAAGCACCAACCGGUCACUUGGUAUCAUCAUUCAAAGGAGCGUGGCCGUUACGAGGUACGUUACAGCGUUACCAAGCACAUCGAAACGUCCGAAGGUGGACUUGUGGUGAUUGCGAUUAACGAAGUGGACAGUGGCCGAUACGAUUGUUAUCUCGGCGGUUCGCUACUGUGCAGCUUCAGUCUGGUUGUGGAUGCUCAUCGGUGCACAGCUCCGAGCAAGGGUAACGAUUAUCAGAAAAUCUACUCCGAUUGGUGUCACGAAUUUGAACGGUACAAAUCCGCCUUGAAACGAUGGGAAGCGAAGCAAUCGCAAUGCUCAACGAACCCAAAAGACAAUGAGUUGGACCUGUACCAAGGCAACGGAAACGUCUGAUGAUAAGGUUCGAAGCACCUCAUCAACAGGAAUCGUUACAUUUUAACAAGCAAAAACAACAACAACAACAAUGUCUGUGAUAAGCGAAGGAAAUCCUAUGACAAUGCACAAACAAAAUAAAAUAUUGAAUGAAAGAUAACAACAUAGCAAAGAAGCGAAAACACUACAAAACUACACAAGAGUAAGCGAAAAUAUAGCGAGUUUAGUAAACCGAAAACGUCAAAGUCCCGUUCCCUUGACCACCCACCCCCCGUUGUAAGUAGCAAUGUUCGUCAUAAGUCAACAAUUAGGAACAAAUGUUUAGCUGAUGGAUGCAAAGAGGAUGGUUAGCAGAGACAUAAAACUAGUAGACGUAUGCAAUGCCGAAGCUUGAUAGUAAAGAUACUAAUUCCGACGGCUAUAAUAAUGGUCGCUCCUGCUUUAGCGUACAUCACUGUACAUCGAAUUUCGAACUUACCGAAUGUGUAGCUGUGUACACUGUCGGAAACAAAAACACCGGGGAACAGUAGCGUUUUUGUUUUUUUUUUUAUGUAACAUACGACCGAAAUGAGCGGUUGGAAGGGAAUUGCGAUCGCAAUCCAUACAGAUUAGAUGAUAAACCUCUCCGGAGAACUGUUUAACCGCAGCGUGGGAUAAAGGAUAUUCACAUUAAUUUUAAAUCAUUUGUACAAUAAACAAGCAAUGGCUUCAACCGCGACUGAUCGAGAUUUCGAGUGUCUACAGCAUCGCACAUCGCCUCCGAUUCUCAUGCUCGGCUUUAGCAGACAUCGGCGAGGUCUCGUGUGGAAAUAGCCGCAGUACGAGACACUGCGAAAGUGCUCCGCUGUAAAGCAAGUAAAGCAAUCACCCUCUCGAACACACGUUCUGUCGCAGGUUGUAGAGACUGAACCGGUCGGUCAGUAUUUUUAAAACGGAAGAAAUCUUCACUGUAGCAUACUAAACUCUUCACUUCAUACCGACACACGCAAAAAAAAGCAACACAAAACACGCAAAAAGUGAAAAUGAAAACCGAAACACGAACGACGAUCGAUCGAAACAAAAAAUUUCGCAAAAUCUGUGAUAACUUUAGCAUUUAAGUGGCUCAAAUGGUAUAGAUUUCGCAGUUCGGAAGUGGUAGGGAAAACGAAUGGGAAAAAGCAUAAUAAAUAGUAAAACAAAACAACAAAAAAACGAACGAAAACAAAGUAGAAACACUGACGAAUAUUAUUGCUAGUAUGAUAGUGGCGGAAUGAAUUGAUAUGAGAAAAUGGAAAUGAAAAUGAUCAACUAAUAAGAAGGACUGGCUCGUGUUUUCGUUCUUGGUUGUUUUUUUUUCUUUCUUUCUUGGACAAAAUUUGUUUGUUCAACUUUUUUUUAAUAAUAUUAAGUGAAGAAGAAUUUCUAGGCAAAACAAAACCUACACAAAGACAUAAGAAAAACCAACUCGUGUGUAACUAAUGUAAUUAUUAACGAAAAAUAAAAUGAUAGACAUUGAUCGAACUCAAUAGA